ACAGAUCGAUUAAGCUAUAAGCCCAUAAUCAGACGAAAGCCGCUGCUUAAUUGUUGUUGCUUCCUCUUAAACAUGAAGCAAAAAAUAGUUAUCAAGGUGCAAAUGAGCAGCGAAAAAUGCAGAACCAAGGCCAUGAAGAUUGCCGUAACAGCAGAUGGUGUGAGCUCAGUGGCAAUACAAGGGUCAGAAAACGAUCAGUUGGUGGUGAGUGGCGAAGGUGUUGACCCGGCUAACUUGACUUGCUUGCUAAGGAAGAAGCUUUGCCCUGCCACCUUAUUGAGCGUCGAAGAAGUGAAGGAAAAAGGGGAAGAAAAGCCGGAGAAAAAACCGGAAGUUCAUAGUUUUAGCUACUUGCCACAGUUUCCAGUGUAUCAUCAAUUAUAUCAACCAAAUCCCAACUACUAUGUCUAUGAAAACGCCUACGAUCCGUAUCCAGCAGAUAACUGCUCCAUCAUGUGAUCGUACGCUGAUUUCCCUCUCCUUCAAUCAAUCCCUGGCCCCAGCAACCUUUGUUUCUGUUAAGUUUGGCGCACUAUAUAUGUUGCUUCUAGUGUCACCUUGGAGCGUACGUGUUAGAUUAAAGGUCUUUUGGCCAUUGGCUGGAAUAACAAAUAAGCUAGUGUUUUAGCAA